UAUUAUAUUGACAAUGAAUAACCGCAUUUUUAGUCUUUACAUGUAUUUGAACGUCUUGAUUCAUCUUCAUGGUAUAGUCAGCUGUUGUUGUUGCUAGCUAGCGAUAAUUUCGUAGCUAACGUUAGCUAGCUAGCUACCCAAAUGGUUCAUCCAGCUGCAACUAAUUAUUUUGAUGUUUCCAUCUAGCUUACUAUCAAAUCGAGACAAAUGUAGCAAUGUAUGAGGGACCAUCUCUAUUUUUGACCGUUUUCAAGGGCUGUCAAUCUAAAUGUAAAGUGCAGUUUUUUUUCUUCCAGCAGUGGAACGUCUGUUACGUAACGUAAUUUGUUGCACUGUCAACACAGUUUGUACUUGCAAGGUAUGGUGGCUCGGCGAGAUCUCGAGCUCUCCAACGUAACCACAACGAAAACGAAGUAGCUUUGUGUUCACCGCCAAAUCGGUUAUUAUUAGACAGUUGGUUGCAUUUUAAAGCCUGUAACAGUGCAUGUCAAUAUCUCGUGGUCCAUUCGCGUUGUGGCUGCUGGCUGGCUUGUUAUUUGAUAACCUGAUAAACCUAGCCAGUCCUGUUGUUUAGUUUGAUAUUUUGAGUCGUUACUUCAUUGCUACCCACAUUGUCUAAUUAACUUUAUUCUUAUCACAAUGGCCUAGGUGCAUUGGGAAAGGAUAGCCAGCUAGCUUGUUAACAAUGGCAACCAUGCGUCGUCCAAGGUACUCUCUCCGAGACUCUCUGUACUGGGACGAGACUGAGUGCCUGACGUACUAUGGGAUGCUCUCUCUACACGAGAUGUUUGAAGUUGUCGGUUCUCAACUGACAGAGACAGACGUUGAGGUGCUGUCGUUCCUCUUGGAUGAGACCUAUCCGGCUGGAGGGCACCCCUUGGACCCAGCUGGCUGGACCAGCGAGCCCGGUGAGGAAGACCCUGAGGCCAGUAAAGGAGUCUCCCCCAGCCCAGUGCUCCUGGAGGCCUGGCGGCGGUUACAGCCCAAGGUUCCUGCUUUGGCCUGCCCUACCGCUGCCCGCCACAAGCCCAAGAGUGGGCUAGAACUGCUGCUGGAGCUGGAGAGACGUGGGUACCUCAGUGAGGGUAACCUGGAGCCCCUGUUGCAGCUGCUGCGAGUCCUGACGCGACACGACCUCCUGCCUUUGGUGUCCCGCAAGAAAAGGAGGACAGUAUCACCAGAACGUUUCAGAGUGGACUACGGGACAGAGGACAAAAGACAGGUGUGCACAUCUGGACUGACUGACCCCUGUGCACAGACAGAAUCACAUGAUGAACACGCCACACAGCAAUGGAGGGGGGGUGUUGACUCUGCCAGGCCAACACCCGCCCCCCAACGGAAGAAGAGGGGUAAAGGCCGCCGCUGGACCAGCAAGCCCACUGCCCACAGGAGAAGAACGGGCAUCCCUGAAACUCCUCCCCCACCUAUAUCUGAGAAAGUGACCUGCGACAUUCGUCUGCGCGUGCGAGCAGAAUACUGGGAGCAUGAGUCGGCUCUGCGCGGCAGUGUCUCCUCGGACAAGCAGCAGCCCCUGGAGCGGCAGUUUGAGCUGUUCAGUCGUGCCACCUCCGUGCUGCGCGCCCGCGACCUGGGCUCCAUCAUCUGCGACAUCAAGUUCUCUGAGCUGGACAACCUGGAGGCCUUCUGGGGGGACUAUCUGAGUGGAGCGCUGCUAGAGGCCCUGAAGGGGGUGUUCAUCACAGACUCUCUGCGGAGGGCGGCGGGGAGUGAGGGGGUCCGGCUGCUGAUCAGUGUGGACCAGGAUGACUACGAGGAGGGUCGCAGACUGCUGCUGGACGCACAGGAACAACAGGCCGGCUGCUGGGGACGAGAUAGGUCAUGAGCCCAAGGAUAGAGGAAUGAAAAGGAGAAUAAAAUAUGAAGAGGAACAAUUUUCUUUUUUCUCUCCUUUUUAAGUCUCUCAUGCUGAGAAUAGAGGAUACAGCCACUCCUAGGUCAGGGGAAUGAAUAGUCCCCAGGGAAAACAGCCAAACUUGGAGCAAAGGAAAACUGGACUAAAAGACUUGACACACUGUUCUGUUUGGAAUUGAUAACACAAGUUGUACUGAGCCUAGAUGCCCUCAGGGCACUGAGGAAGAGACUGCCUUUGUUACACACACACACACACACACACACACACACACACACACACACACACACACACACACACAGACAAACUAAACUUCCACUGUAGCACACACACACACACACACACACAGACAAACUAAACUUCCACUGUAGCACACACACACAAACUACCACUGUAUCUAACAUAAACACUCUUAAAAUCAUCUAUACGAUGAACCAUCAGCGCUGCCUGUAAGACUCAUUGACAUUUCUUGCUAACAGUGACAGCCCAGAUACCAACUAGACUGUGCGCUAAUGCUGAGCAUCUCUGGUUAUGUUUGAGGAGAGUGUGAGAUGCCCUGCAAGGCGAACUUCACCCAUCUUAAUAUUAGUUUGUGUUUCCAUUGAAAUGUAUGAUUUUGAAAAGAUGAGCGUGACUGCAGCUCUCAGACACCGAGGGAGAGAUGAUGGGGAAAUUACUAAAGAUUAUGUUUUGACCUUUUGGGAGAGAUUUAGAAAUAGAUAGCGAAGGGAAGACUACCUGAGGACAGUGUAGUGGACAAAUAGCUGGUCCUUCGAGAACUCCAGUCCACACACACACCAUGAUCACAAGCCACUGGUAGUCCCAUCAUGCUAACCCAGGGCCUGAUAGCUGUGGUCAGUGGCCAUCUCAUCUCAGAUGCCAGUAGAUGAUAGGAGUGAUUACCUCUCAACCUCAGCCAACCAUGGAGAACUCAUCACCACAAGUUGUUGAACAGCAGCUGGGAUAACACACUAGGCUGUGCUCACCCCGGCUUCCAGCAAGGCAAGGCCACUGCCUUUCCCAUUGGAACUGAAGCACAAGACAGUGCUUCAGUCAAUAAAACUGAUGUAGAUGAGAUCAAUAUCAGAAGGAUACAUCCUAGUUCCACUCAGCCCUGACUUGUAGGCCCCACUGGUGGCUCACAGAGCGCUGUCUGUCUCUAGUCUAGUCACCCUGGUGGAACUAAUGCCUGAACUCCUCUGAGUGGGAUCAAUAACCCCCUCUGUCUCUCCACCACCACCAUGGGAGGAGAAAGAGUAAGGGGGAGAGGUAGGAGAAGGGGAAAGAGAGGAAGAGGGAGAAGGAUCCCCACCUCCAUCCCGACUUUCAGCUCCUGGACAGCCGCCUCAUCCUCUGGAGGAUAAGUCCCCUGAUACAACCAGGCUGCCUGGUCUGCUACAGCACUGUGUCUGGUUCACACAGCCCUAUGGGACCAGAGAUGGAGGACUAGAGGCACUCAGGAAAACCUUAGUAGUGUUUGCUUUUUCUGUGUUUUGGUAUAUGGAUUCGUUAGUGUAGCUUUGUAUGGUUCAUAAGAGAAAAUAACAAAAAUACUGUGUGUUCUAGUUCAUUAACUUAGGGUGAACUUUUGUUUAAGUAUCUGGAUAUUUUUAUUUAGGCACUGCAAAAGUGCUGUAUAUUAGUUUAAUAUAUCAGUGGAAAGUUGGAAUUAUUUCAAAUAAAAAUAAAUGAUUUAUCAAAGGUU